AAAAUGAAGUCAUUAUUAGUGUUAUUAAUAAUUGUGAAAGCUUGUGCGGCAAAUAAUGUGUUAAUUACAACUAAUUCUGAAAUAAAACCAAUUGUUAUUUGGCAUGGAAUGGGGGAUAGUUGUUGUUUCCCCUUCAGCAUAGGAGGUUUUUCAAAACGACUCCAAGAGAAACUCUUGCCCGGUGUUUACAUUCAUUCGAUAAGAAUAGGAAAUAAUGAAUUCGAAGAUGUUGAAAAUGGUUUCUUUAUGUCUCCGAACAAGCAAGUCAGAUUGGCGUGUGAAGCUAUACAGAAUGAUCCACACUACAAGAUGGUUAUAACGCUUUAGGAUUUCUCUCAGGGGGGACAAUUUUUGCGAUCCUUAGCUCAGAGAUGUAACGGACCACAAAUGUACAAUCUUAUAACUUUGGGUGCUCAACAUCAAGGUGUCUUUGGGGCACCCUAUUGUCCGGCAGUUCAUCACAGUAGUUGCGAGUAUUUUAGAAAAUUGUUGACUCAAACUGCUUAUAUAAGGUGGGUCCAAAAGUCUUUAACCCAAGCAACCUAUUGGCACGAUCCUCUAAACGAAGACAAAUAUAAAAACAGCAGUAUAUUCUUAGCUGAUAUUAACAAUGAACGUGACUACAAUGUUGAUUAUGUAACAAAAUUGUCAUCAUUAAAUAAAUUUGUGAUGGUUAAAUUCAAUUUCGACACAAUGGUGCAACCGAUUGCUUCGGAAUGGUUCGGGUUCUAUAAGAGUGGACAGGAUGUCGAGAUUGAGGACUUGCAUAAUAGUAAUAUUUAUUUAGAGGACAAGUUGGGAUUAAAACAAAUGGACGAGGAUGGUAAAUUGUACUUUUUGGAUGUAAAUGGAGAUCACUUGAGAUUUACUGAGGAAUGGUUUAUUGAAAAUAUCAUUCCCUUCUUAAAGGAAUAGUUUAUGUAAUUAUACAUAUAAUUAUUAGACUGAAUAUUUUCGGAGCAUCAAAUUUUGUGAUCAAUUUUUUUCUUAGGAUAUAA